AUGGCGACUUGUGCAACAGCCGCAUCAACCCUGUUCAGCUUACUUCUUGUGCUUACUUUUACAUGCGCGACAGUGGUCCGGUCAAAAUCGGUGAACCGAAAUACAGUACUGGACGAUGAUGAUGAAAUGGAUGCAUCCGAACUGAUUGACAGCUUCUUGGAGCGAGCCAAACAGAAUACUCGACAUCACAGGACACAUCGGUUAGCAAGACGGCAUCGCGUACAGGCUUACAGCCCACAACUCACAAGCCUCGAUGCGCACGGACGAGAAUACGUGAAGUGUCGGAAAAGCAUGAUUGAAGGGGGUUCAGUGACAAGACGAUGUUACCGACCACCGUCGGAUGAUAUGCGCGUUGGCUGCUACGCAGUUUGGGAUAUGAAAACAGAAUCCCUCGUGCAAGAUUGCUGGGUGCAACAGGCGGUAAGCUUACCUAUCUACAUUUCUAGCAGUUAA